AUGGAAGAAAACGACGCGUUUCCGCAAAAAAGUCCGUUGUGUCGCCGUGGAACAAAGAGGUUGGUUUCAACUUCAUUCACACAGAAAAAAUACAAAGCUUUUAAAUCUGAAAAUAUAUUAUGAAGCUUAUGAUGUGGAGAAGUUGUCAAAAAUGGAUAAUUUUUUAAAACCCAGAAAAAGUCUGGAAAAGUUCCUCUAAUGAUUCAAUAUCCGGAAAAUCACUCCUAGUUGAUCGGGUGAUUUUUGCUAGAAUAUAUUGGCUCUUUUUCUCUUGAAAAUGUAGGUUUCAGCUUUUUUAUCCCCAGCCGCACGUGUCUUAUGAGUAAUGUCGUAGAAUGAGUGAAAGGGUCGAGAGACAGUUUAAAGUCGGUUUAAAAAAACGGCCGAGCUUGAAGAACUUCACGCAAGAAUAUCGCAACAUUAUACGACUUGAGAGUGGUUUUUUACGACAUGAUAUCCUUUACACAGCUGGAUUUUUUAAAAGUUGGCUUUCAUUUAGGAUAGAAAACCAAAUUUCGAGUGAAAAAUGGUGGAAUAUCUUCAUUUUAGCUUUUUCAUACUGUAAAGAACGCCCACAAAAAAAGUUAAUCGAUCAAACAACAUAGACUGAACAUGUCUCCACUUUGAAGCCCACGUAUAUUUGGGGUUUCAAAUCGGCGGCUCCUUUUAUUUAACUCGGCUCUCAGCUGAACAAAUAUCCACGGUAUCACUUCUGUUGACUUUCGUGUAGCCGCAUUCAAAACAGCUUCUCAUGACGCUUUUAACUUUUCUCUUUUUCGAGGAACUUUACAGAUAAAACUUCUAUGAACUUUUGUGAUCAUUCUUUUCUUCUCCUUUUUUCAUAAAGAACAAAAUCAGUUCAUCGAAAAUUUUUGUCUACCCCAGUUUUACUACUGAAACGGUCUUGUUGUUUUCUACCAUGUUUCAGAUGAAAGUUUGAAAAAAUUUCCCUUUGUCCAUUUUUGUCUUCUUCGAAAGUUAAGGGAUAACUCAUAUGGUGUCAUAAAAUUUUCCGCUGUUCACAGUUCCCGCUCUGAAGUUUUCGAUAUCUCUGACAGUUGAAAAUUUUGAAAAGUUUACGAAUAAAACGUUUUCGAGUCCAAACUCUAAAAAAAAAAGUUUCAAGUUCAAUGAACGGUCAUCCUAAUCGCGGGCUUUUGUACCAAUUUGAAAAAAACCAAGAAAAAUAGAGAGUUUGCAAAAAAAUGAUAAAUGUUUUUCAGAAAUACACACUUGAAACCCGCAUGAGACUGGAUUUUUUUCCAUAUCCUCUUAAAAAAAGUAAAAUUAGCCUAAAAUGGACAAAAAAAUCUUUUUUUGAACAGUUCAUGAUGUUUCAUUCUUAAUUCAAAAUACGGCUGUGAUUUUCCGUUUAGAGUAAAUAUUCAAAAAUUUUGUUUUCUGAGUGUUUACUCCUAACGUCAAAAUUGAAUAUUUUUAAGCCGAACUCUCAUGAUCGUUUUUUACUUUUCAAAAGAAUUUUUUUCCAAAUGCUCCUGUGACGUUGUAAGUUGUCCUAUGUUCUUACACGAGAGUGAAAUCCGAGAAAACGGACCGGAAAGAGACAAAAUGAAUUGCCGAGUGAUCGAUUGCAAAAUGGCGACUUCGGGGGCUCAUUGUACGCUGUAACACCUCCAAGGCGGUAGGAGGUGGCUGUGACAAGGCUCAUGAAUUGUCGCCGCAAGCAUAACCUUCCGUUUUGCCCGAAACUGCGCGCAAUCCAAGAAGAAGACGUGUUGUUAAAGCAUUCCGGGCAGUAAAUGUACAUAAAAUGUUCGGCCCUCAAACGCGAAGCCGUUAAAGUUUUUACAGUCUUGAAUUUUCACGGAUACGUGAAGCAUUUAUCUUUUUCUCUUGGCAUGAUGGAAAAUAGUUUUAGUUGAAAAAUUUUUUGCUGAAAAAAGCUGUACAUGUUUAUGAAAAAUCAUGAGCAACGAGUUUUUGAGAAAUUUUUCGUCAUCGUCUUCGUAAUGAGCUUUUUGAAAUUCACACUUCAAUUUAAAAAAAGGGCCUGAAAAGUCUACAUUUAGCAAGAAAAACAUUUUUUUUAAAAGUCAACUUUCAAAUCAAACCAAACUUCUGCCAGUGACAGUUCUGUGAUACAUAAUCAUUCGUCAUGAGACCUUCGGAAUCGAAAAUUUGAUCUGACAGAUCGACUUCUUGUUGACCACCCAGUGAUCAACUAUCUGUCACGUUUCUUUUUUUUUUGGAUUCUUAGUUUCCAAAAAUGUCUCCCUUGGUUUAUUUUUCAGUUCAUAAUUUUUUUGCUCAGUCAUUAAAUGAGAUAUACUCAUAUCGGCGGUUUUUUUAGCUAAUGCUUUGGAAACUAGAAGUACAAGGAAAUGUCAGAAAAGCUGAGAUCAACGGAAAAUCUUCACCCAGAUUCCAAGAAAGGCCUUCAUGGUUUUUGUGAACUUCUCAAUUCCCCCUCCUUCUUACUUCUCUCUGGCUUUGAGAUGUUGAAUAAGCAGCUAAGAGAAGCCGGCUUCUUUUUGCGAUACAGAAAACUCAUUUGCAUCCAUCAUUCACUGAUUGUUUUCAGCUUGCGCAUACAACGGCUAGUGGAUUGCCAGCACUUUCACUACGCGUUUGUCGAAUUAGGCCCAAUAAAGGUUUUGCUUCAAAACUUCUUUUUUUUUUUAAAUCUAUAGAAAUACACUUUUAGGUCGAGUUUGAUACUGUGGAAGUGAAUGAAAACGGCGAAGAACGCAUUGUUUUUUCAGUGACCAGCAACCAGAAUACUUGGUAUGUCCUUUUCUGUUACAGAUAUCAACAAAUAACUGAGUCGAAGGCCGCAAUCUUUCACUUUGUUCUGAAAUUCCUCAUUAUUUUGCUUGCUGUUUUUCUUGAAUUUUUGAUCACCUUCAAGUUUCUCUAAAAACUGAAAAAUAAAAAGCUUUCAAGACUAUGAAAAUGUUUUGCUUAAAUAUGUCACGUCUCAUAAAUAACAGUUCCGUCGUCCGACUCCCUUUAUAUCCCAAUUAAUCAACCUGGUGGCGGUCGCCUGCUUUAAUCUGAAAAAAAGAACGCCGCUCAACCCAUUUUAUGACCACGUUUGGAACAUUUGAAAGCGAGAGGAGUGUCGAAAAGCGAGAAUUGCAUUGAUCCCAGUAAGGAUGAAAAACGCGAGAGAAAUCCACGCAAACAGACUAUUGGCCUGGGUUAUCAGGCAGGUGAAUCGAAGCCGUGAGGAAAUGGCGCUUUUCGAUCGCCAACUCCACCGAUGCGUCUUUGAACGGCGGCUUUCGCGGCUGGACGAGCUUUUUCCUCUCAAAGACCUUAACAAAACUGAGUUCGAGGUUAGUUUUUAACUUCUUCAGUUUAAAAUUCCGUCUGCUUUUGACGGAUAUAAUCCAGUUUGUUAUCUGCUGAAUAUGAUGCUAGAACAAAUUCGAAAGAUCGAUUUCUUGUCACUCUCCAAUGAUGGAUUUCCUUUAUGAGAAUUGAAUUCAUAUUUUCAAUUUAAUAAAUAACAGAAAUUGAAAUUUCAUUUUUUGGUGCAACCCAAAAAAUAUGGCGGCACUCAUACAUACCAAGUGGACUUUCCAUGUUUUGCUCCAAAAUUUACUGUACCUGAGAGGAAAAAAACUGAUUUUGGUCUGCUGAGCUUCCAAGCUGCCGUUUUUCAGAGAAAUCAAAGGUCCACGAGUAGUUUAAAAAAAUUAUACAUCAAUUCGAAACUCCCGAACUAUCAGUUUUUCCUUUCACCUAAAUGAGUUAAAAUGAAAAAUUUUUCAGGAGGUCUUGAGCAGAUAUUCUGAUCGCCUCUCUCAACUCACAGGAAGCAUAAUAACUUGUUAUCCCGUUUUGAAGUUUUUGGAGGUUCGUUGAAGUUUUUUUUGACAUUCACCAAAAUACAAGACAAAAAGUGAAACUACUUAUUUCAUUUUAACCUAUUAUUUCGGUUUCAAAGAAGCUUUGCAUUUUCGACUGGAGCUUGAUUCAACUUUCCAAAAGUUCCUACCAGAACCCGGUAUCACCCAAUUAGUUGGUUCAUCUUCAACUUCCACAGCUCAUAAAGUCAGCUAGGCGUAAUAAGCACGACUGACUCACCUUGACGCAUUCAUAACUGUUUAUUGGAGGUCGAUUGCCGCGGAGAUCGUUUCGAACCGGCGGAAGAGACGUCGAUCAACGUUCCCGCGAUCGCUGCGGCGGUAGUCACCAAAGACUUCGAGCCAACCCACGAAUCCCAUUUGAGACUUCGGGUGAGUUUUUUUUCAGCUUGAUUUUUUUUUUUGACUGUUCAUGCAAAAAAUGUUUUUUCGAUUUUUUGGAAGUUUUUGAUCUAUGGGAUUUCAUCAAAAGGACUGAAAUUUUUCCAACUUUUUAUAGGUCUUCUUUUGAAUGGUAGCAGCAAAUAGAACUCGUAGUAAAUGACUUCUGCAGCUCUUACAGGCUCACAGCACAGUGUGAAAAUCAAAAAAUCUGAAAUUUGAAAAAAAAAAUUUUUACAGUUCAUGUGAAGCUGGGCCAAAACUUGGAAGGUGUUUUUUUACAAUGAACAUACGUUUCUACAACUUUUUUAGUCUCGAACCAGCGAUGAACAAAAUUAAGAAAAUCAAAGAACUCAAAAAAACUCCUUUUUCAGGUGGGCGAUAUCGUUUCGAUUAUUGAAAUGACGUCACCCGUUCAAAAUGAGGUGAUUCAUUGGAAGGCGAAACUCACGAUAUCCAAUAGAAAGGUCUCAGACAAUCCAGACCGGCAAGGAUUUGAAGUGAGUUUUCUUCUAAUGGAGCUUUUCAGACAUGUUUUUUUCUAUGUUUAGGUUGGCUAUUUCCCAAGUGACUGCGUCAUGCUUAUUGAUGACAAGCAGAUGCCGACGAAUGUGAAUGCGCAGAAGAAGGUUUCUGCCAUAUCAAGAACAUUCUUUGUGUUAACUUGCAGUUUCAGGGUACUUUGAAAGGCGCCAGGAGGAUGUCGGAUAUGAUAAGGAAUCGGGUUCGACGUCGAGAGCCCAUUUUUGGCGUUGACCUUCCUGAAGUCUAUGAGCGAUGCAAUAAACGAGGUAAAAAUAAUCUCAUUCUAUUAUGAAAAUUGUUUUUUCAGUUCCAAUCAUAGUUGAAAGAUGUUGUGAAGCUAUCGAAAAACAGGGCAUUGUGACGGGUAUCUACAGACAAUGUGGCAUUCAAUCCAAUAUUCAGCGAUUACGGUAUAAUCUUCUCCAGUUUUUAUACUAGAACAUUUUUUCAGAGCAAAAUUUGAUAGUGGAGCUGAGCCAGACCUGAAUGAGUUCGGUUUGAGAGACAUCUACUCGGUUUCUUCCCUUCUGAAGCAAUAUUUCCGACAGUUGCCAAAUCCAUUGUUCACUUAUCAAACCUACUCACGAAUAUUAGUAAGAACUUAUCUGAAGUAUGAAAACUUCAAGUAAUUUGAUUUUCAGAAAGCUUUUGAUACCGAGCCUGAGAAAAAAGUGGAAUCAUUGAAAGAAGUUCUGAAACUCAUCCCGGAGGCUCAUUACAAGUGAUACUCCCAUAGUUUUUCCGUUAGUUGAAUAUUUGUCGUUUAGAACCGCAAAAUACCUUCUAAAACAUCUUUGUCUGCUCUGUUCUCACAAAAACCUGACGGAUAUGACGGCAAAAAACUUGGCGAUCGUUUGGUCCCCGAACCUUUUCAGGUAUUCGAAUCGCCACAGAAUAUAUUAGAAUAACAAUACAGGGCACCUCCAACACUGAAUGGCGUUGACUCACACAUGCUCAGCGGUCUGAACGUCCACACGGCCAUUUGCGACUUUUGUAUCGAGCACGCUUUCGAAAUUUUCGAAGAGAAAGAAGAAGGUUGGCUUUUCAUUCACUCGGAAAAUUUCAAACCAACGUCAAUGAGAAUUUAUUCCAUUUACCUUGAAAAAAUUUAUUUUUCAGCCGAAGCGCUUGAAACAAACUUUCUCCCGAUUGAGAGCGGUCUCGGAAAAAUUGAAAAAUCAGCAACAAUGUCGGACAUGAGGUUGAGGCUCAGAGGAUCCCCAAAUGAAAACGAAUGGUUUUAGAGCAGAGACCGACUCGAAAUGGCCGCGCUUCUGGCGAGGAAAAUCUGUCGAGGGAUUCUGGAAGUUCAACAAAAAGACGGGCAGCACGGAUUUGAGUAGCUCUCCUACCAGCGAGGUGAAAUGGAGAAGGUAAGAUUCAAAAAUUCAAAUGAGAAGUCUUCAACAAGUUUUCAAACCGAUAGUUUUGAAAUAAAAAGUUUCAUUUCAAAAUCAUCAUCUAACCGCUAACCUAAGCGCAAGAAAUUUUAUUAGCGUAUUAUUUUCUUACUGGAAAUUUAAUAACCAUUUUCCAUGUAUUUGAUGAAUUACUGUUUCAGAAGCAUGAGAUCGCAUUCAACGGACGCGUCGUUCCAAUCUUCAAGGACAGACUCCAUAAUUUCGUUCAUGUCGCGAGGAAUGGACGAGAUUCGUGAUGGAGUACGGUCACUUCGAGCAAGAGCGCGGAGCAUGCGGCCCACCUCGCGACCUCCGCCGUCGCCACGUGCACGACGUUCCAGGGCUUCUCAACCUACUCCAAGUCCCCGUUUUGCGGAAGAGAAUCGCAGUAUUCAGGUGAGAGCUUUCCAUCGGAAAAGUGACUAAAACAUCCUCAGAUAAUGCAAGAGUCGGUGGUGACAACUUCAUCAAUGUCUCAGAACACCGACGACACUUUGAUUGAUCGAAGAUCCCAGCAGACACCCAACUUGACAAGGUUCGUUUUUCAAGUCUUUAAAAAUAGUAACGAUUCCUGCAGGAAUGUCAGCGUGAGUGAAACCUCUACGGAUGACCCCAGCCAGCAAGAAAUGGAUCUCCGCGAGCGGAAAGUUAUGUUCAAACAGUCUCAUGAAGGUAAAUCCAUCGAAAUCACAGCCUAUGCAGAAAUAUGACUGAGUAUAGUUUUGGGAGAUCAAACUAAGAGGAAGUUUUUUGAGAUUAGGAAUAUUUUCAAAAAAUUUUCUUUGCUGCAUAAGGCCACAAAUUAGAAAUGCUCUUAAAAAACCUCCAACUUGAAAAAAAAGAAUUGUUACAACAUUGAAGGUAUGAGGUCAUCUCAAAAACAUGGUUUAGUUUUUUCUAGCAAGAGUUGAGAAAAUGAUACAGACCCCCUUCAGCAACGUAAAUUCAUAGGGGAAAAGACCCAUGUAGGUUCGUUUUUUGCUGAAAAAUCUCUAUUUCUUCUUUUCUCAAAAAGCUUUUUUGAGAUUGAACUAUUUCUCUCGAUUCAGUACACGCGACACCAAUCCAUGAGAGAUCGAGCCCGGUAGAAGAAUGGUCGAGUGACAGUAGGGAAAGCCUUCAUUUGGAGAUGAGCCGCUACGACAACGUGUCCCCAAGUGGAACUCUUACUCGUGGUAAUAUCUCCAGAAAAAUUUCAUAAGGCUGCCAAAUUUGGCGCAUUCCUAAGCUUUUCAAGCUUCUUCCGAGUCGACUAAGUUUUCCGAAGUCGCGAAAUGAUUUCAACCAAACAUAAAAUGCAAGCAUGCGUGUGCGGCAUCGUUUUCAUGAAUGGCAUGGGCCUCUGGGCGGCCUGCGACCACCUCAUUUUCUCUCUUUCUUUCUCGAUUCCACCCAUUUUUCAACGAAGCGACUAUUUGCAGGCAACCGAGAAGUCGUCGCCAACAGAACGUUGUCCGCCCCUGUCACUUUCUUCGAUUCACCACGCGCAAAGCAACUUUUUCUUGCCUGA